GUUGUGUCUGCUAGGACUCGUUAGUUUUAUACUCUUUUGAAAUUAGAAUCAUGUCUGGACGUGGAAAGCAAGGAGGCAAGGCUCGGGCCAAGGCAAAGACUCGCUCUUCCCGCGCUGGGCUCCAGUUCCCCGUUGGUCGUGUGCACCGUCUUCUGCGCAAAGGGAAUUACGCAGAGCGCGUCGGAGCCGGAGCGCCCGUCUACUUGGCUGCUGUGCUGGAGUACCUGACUGCUGAGAUCCUGGAGUUGGCCGGAAACGCUGCACGGGACAACAAGAAGACCAGGAUCAUCCCUCGCCACUUGCAGCUCGCCAUCCGCAACGACGAGGAGCUGAACAAGCUACUGGGCAAAGUCACCAUUGCUCAAGGAGGCGUCCUCCCCAACAUCCAGGCUGUGCUGUUGCCCAAGAAAACCGAGAGCCACAAGGCCAAAGGAAAAUAGAUACCGUUUCAUCGGAACUACAG